AUGGUGCUGACAAACUCGCCAAGCCCAUGUGCCCGUUCCCCAACGCGAUCAAAAAGCGACGCUCCUUCGCCCUUCGCCCUUGGCCGGCAUCUCGCACUCCCUAUCGGCGAUCCCAUCGGCGAUCCUGCUCUCGACGUCCGCCAGCACCAUGGCCCACGCUGACAUCGAGCUCCCGUCUCUGCAGCCAGCAAGUCCUCUUGUCCUCGUCGUCGCCGCUGCCCUGAUUGCCCUCGCCUUCGCCGUGGUCUCGGGCCGGCUCGUUUUCGCUACAGCACGAACCCAUGCCAAACCGUCCUGGGGCGGCAAGCACCCAAAUGCUGCCAGCGAAGACGGCUCCGGCCGAUUCGCCGAUGCAAGCUAUCCUCUGCUGGCCCACCCCGACAACCAUCCGCUCGACGACCACUUCCCAGCAAUAGCCACGACCGACCACGACGACGAGCCCGACGACUUUUUGCAGCUCUACCUUAUCGAAAAGAUCAUGCUGGACUACCGCACGGCCAUCCUGCGGUUUCAAGCGCCUUAUGCCGACAGCUUCGCCUCGGGCUGCAACUUUGCCUUGCGCCUGUGCACCGGCAGCCGUACUGUGGUGCAGCCCUAUACCGUCACCAGCUCGUCGCUCGGCGGCAUCGUCAGCAUCAUUGUCCGCCUGCCGCUGCUCGAAGACGCCGUCAAGGCCACCUCCAAGCACCUCAUCACUAUGGAACUCGACGACACCGUCGAGGCGGCCCCGCUCGUCAACCUGUUUCCCCUCAACCCUUUCCGACAGCCGCGCAUCACCCUCAUUGGGGCCGGCAACGGCGUUGUUCCGCUCUUUGCCCUCAUCCGCUUCAUCAUCAACCACAGCGCCACCAUCCAGCUCCAUCUUAUCUUCUUCUCUCGGGACCCCGAGUCACCGCUCUUUGAGGAGUUCAUGCGGAUUGCCGAGAGCAGCCUCGGCCGCCUGUCUGUCGACUUUGCCCUGGAGCCCUCCAGCUGGGACGAGGCGGAGGCCCUGAUUGCCUCGAAUCUGCCGGACCUCGAGACUGCUGCGGCCGUGGUGGAGGAGCCCAGCGACGAAGUUACGGGGGGCCGCUCGGCUGUGUUUGUCUGUGGCUCGCUUCAGUUCGAGUACAAGAUCGCCAGCAUCAUCAAGCGGCUUGGCUUUCCUCGGAGCCUGGUCUGGAGCUUUGGCCUCGACGGACGCUGAAGCAUAUAGCACCAGGAGCGUCCGUUUGCACCUCCGGUCGGCGGCGUCAACCGCCUCCUUUCGACGAUCACUCUUUUUGGAAAAUCGCCAAGCCAUAGCAAACGCUGCUGCUUCCUAAUCCAUCAAGCUCUAUGGCGACACAGCGCUGUGGCUCCCAUGGCGAAGGCGUCUUGGAGAUUGCAUGGCUUGACGAUAUCGUCACUCUCGAUCCAUGAUAUCCGUGACAUUCAUGAUAUGCACUCUAUCCUGCAGUCCUGGUCGCGCGUACCCACUACCUCCUCCCUCGACUGCCGUCUCGCUCUUGCACUCUCACUAUGUAUGUCUCUCCGUCAGCGAUGAUGACGUGUGGGCAAUCGAGCCCAAACACCUCCCACAGACGGGUCUCUCGUUGGUAAUACACAUU